AUGAGGAAGCAAAUAGGAGCCAGUCCUCCAAAAAACAGCUUCUCGGAGUGGCUCGUCCCAUCCGAGACCUGCAGUCCAAAGUCUCUGCAGGAAGCAUUUGGCCCAGAAUAUGACCGGGCAUAUCCAGCCAUUGGGAUCAAACGUUCUCGCGACAGUCGAAAGAACCAGUUCGUUUCGUCCAAGCAAGUUGGAGAUCCAUUUACGCAGCUCCAUAUCCUGCGGAGGCUAGUAUUCCAAUCAACUCGUCACGCAAAAGGAGAGAGCCUCUCUCUCCGUGAAGGACGCGCCAGUGCAUAUGUCAUCAACAUACAGGUCUUCCUUCAAAAUGGCGGCUGCGCGAGGAAACGACAUACGCUCUCGAUCCGCGAGCUCCCCAAAGCGAGCGUGUGGAUGGCCAAAAAGGGGCUAGACCGUAGCCCGUAUGUGUUCGUGUUGAGCUCCGUAAACAAGCAUGGGAUCUUUCGGGUUUUUCCGCCACAAUAUCAACUGAUAUCGGCGAUCAUCAGGGUGAAUUACCGUUUGCCUGAACAUCAUCUUGAUAGCGGGGCAGCUUGUGGUGGCUCUUCCACUUCCCAAAAAUCUCUGCACGGCAAUCAGAAAGGGCGGAGCCCACCAUUAAGGCCGGUUCCAAGUUCGACAGGGGGAGAACCCUCAAUACAGGCCCCAUCAAUGCGAACCCAAAAAUGGUCUGGAGGGCCACUAGGCCACCUGCUGCAAAACACGAUCCUUACCAAUAGUUAUAUUUUGCCCAGAACAUCAGCACACCAGCAACAAAUCUACCGUGCCAGUCUGGCCAGUCUGCCCUACCACCAAGACGAGGCUAUGCAACCUUGUGAGCCUGUGUCCAAUAUCGCUCGGACUACAACCGAGGCACCCGUCCGUCCCCAGACCCUGACA